ACUCUGCCAGGAACCUGCUGGUGUUGGGGCGCAGGCCCCAUGGGAGGAGCUGGGAAGAUCCGUUGGAUCCAGCUUUUAACCGCUACUUGUUUCUCCCUAGCAAUGGUGGAUGUGAUCUUUGCUGACGUGGCCCAGCCAGACCAGACGCGGAUUGUAGCCCUGAAUGCCCAUACCUUCCUGCGUAAUGGAGGACACUUUGUGAUUUCCAUUAAGGCCAACUGCAUUGACUCCACGGCCUCUGCAGAGGCCGUGUUUGCCUCUGAAGUGAAAAAGAUGCAGCAGGAGAACAUGAAGCCCCAGGAGCAGUUGACGCUAGAGCCAUACGAAAGAGACCACGCUGUGGUCGUGGGUGUGUACAGGCCACCCCCCAAGGUGAAAAACUGAAGCCCAGCGCCAUCUGGAUCGCGAGAGAGACUGUGUUGCUACUGUUACACGUGUGUUUUUCUAUUAAAAGACUAAUCAGUCUC